AUGACGGGAUUUCAUACUUGCAUUGCAAAGAUGGUUGUUGAUGAAGAUAUGCAAGAUAAAAUGACCGAUCAAAUAAGUUCUUAUCAAAAUGCUAAGGAACUUUUUGGUAUAGCAACUGCAAUAAGACAAAGAGACAAGAAGUCACCAGUUGAAUGGUGGAGGCUUUAUGGUUCAGAAACUCCAGAGUUACAAAAGUUCGCCAUCGAAAUUUUGGGUUUAACUUGUAUCGCUUCUGGGUGUGAAAGAAAUUGGAGCGUGUUCGAACACAUCCAUACCAAAAAAAGGAAUAGACUAACUCUAGAGCACCUCAGUAACUUGGUGUUCAUAAAGUACAAUAGAACUUUGAGGUGUCGCUACAACGUUCGCAAUGGAUUUGAUCCAAUUAACUUGGACAACAUUGAUGAUGCCAAUGAAUGGCUAACUGGAAUUGAGAAUAUUGAAGAUGAAUCAGUUUUUGACGGAGAUACUACUUUCAUAUGGAGUGUUGUUGCUGAGGCAAGUGGAGUUGAUGAGCGUCGUUAUGAUUUACGGGCUAGUACUUCAAGCUCGUACGAUAAGGGAACAGGAGAUGAGGAAGAUGAGGAAGUUGAAAAUGAUGAGAAUUAUGUUGAUACUCAAGGAAUAGAAGAAUUGGACAACCUUAAUGAACUAGAAGAGCUUUAA